AUGCUCAAAAAAUCGAUUACUUCCACUUGUAAUAGAGUUAACCAACAACGAAUUUUGUUCAACUGUUCUAGGUCAUUCCAUAAGACACAAGUUGAUGAAUUGAAGGACGAUAAAUGUUCGAUUAGAAAGGGUCCAUAUGGUGAUUUUCUUCAUACAUCAUUGACUAUUGAAAAAACAACAAAUCCACUUACAAAACCUGCCUGGGAAGGUCUUGUCUUUGGUAAACAAUUUACAGAUCAUAUGCUUGAAGUUGAUUGGAAUUCAGAAAAGGGUUGGAGUAAUCCAAAGAUUGUUCCAUAUCAUGAUUUAACUCUUCCACCAUCUUGUUCAUCUCUGCACUAUGCUAUUCAAUGCUUUGAAGGUUUGAAGGCUUACAAGAAUGGAGAAGACGUCUUUUUGUUCAGACCAGAAAUGAAUUCAAACAGACUCAAUAGAUCUUGUGCAAGAUUGGGUUUACCAAAUUUCCAAGGAGAAGAAUUCAUAAAAUGCAUGGCUGAGUUGGUCAAGGUUGAAAAGGAUUGGGUUCCAGCUAAGAAGGGUUACUCUCUCUACAUUCGUCCAACAGUGAUUAGUACUGAACGUACUUUGGGAGUCUUGCCACCAAAUAAUGCUAAAUUAUUUGUGAUUUGUUCUCCAGUUGGUCCAUAUUUCAAGUCUGGUUUUGCUCCAGUCAAAUUACUUGCUGAUCCAAAAUAUGUGAGAGCUUUCCCAGGUGGUACUGGUAAUGCUAAAGUUGGUGCUAAUUAUGGUCCUACAAUCAUGCCACAAUUAGAAGCCAUUGAAAAGGGAUACAGUCAAGUACUCUGGCUUUUCGGAGCUGACCAUCAAAUUACUGAAGUUGGUACAAUGAACAUUUUCUUCUAUAGAAUUGCAGAUAAUGGUGAAAAGGAAUUGAUUACACCACCAUUGGGAGAAGUCAUUUUACCAGGUGUCACACGUUCAUCUGUCCUUCAUAUUGUUAAGAAUGAAUUCAAACAACCUGCUAGAGAAGUUACUUAUACUAUGGAAGAUUUUAUCAAGGAUGUCGAAAAUGGACGAAUUCUUGAAUCUUUCGGAGCUGGUACUGCUUGUGUUGUUGCUCCAAUCAAUGCUAUCAGUUAUCAAGGAAAGGAAUAUCCAAUUCCAGUGCCUCCAAAAGAAGAAUCAUUGGCUAUGAAAUUAUGGGACAGAAUUUUGUCAAUUCAAUAUGGUGAAGUUCCUCAUGAAUUUGCUCACAAUGUUGAAGAUAUUAUUUCUGGAAAAUCAAAAUGGAAUCCACAAAGCUAUUAAAAAACAAUUUUGG